GCUUGUUAUUGUUCACCACUGUGAAUGCUAGCAUUUCAGAAAAGACCUGCUGCUUGUUAUUGUUCUGAGGAGGCUCUGUGUGGAUGCAUAUUUAUAGGUAUCGGAAGAGAUGUUCUACUUACAGGGUUCUCAGAUGCUCCAGGUUCUGGAGAACUCCCUGAGGAAGCAGCUGCCUGAGACCUUAAAGGUUUAUGGGACUGUCUUCCACAUGAAUCAGGGAAACCCAUUCAAGCUCAAGGCUCUGGUGGACAAGUGGCCUGAUUUUAAUACUGUUGUUAUUCGACCCCGGGAGGAGGACAUGGAAGAUGACCUUGACCACUACACCAGCACUUACCUAAUCUACUCUAAGGAUCCUGAGAAUUGUCAGAAGUUCCUCAGCUCAUCAGAAGUCAUUAACUGGAAACAACAUCUACAGAUUCAAAGUUCACAGUCAAGCCUGGACAAAGUGAUAGAAAAGCUUGGAGCCAUUAAUUCAGGCAAGGUCAAGCAUACACAGUGCUUUCUCUAUAUGAAAAGAGAAACAGCAAAGAAAGUGGAUUCUUCCUUGGUGGACAUGAAUAACUUAGUACACAGCAGUGACAAUCCCAAGCCCAUGUAA